AUGGCGGCCAGGUAUCUGCGAUACAUCGUCUUCGCCAUCGUCGCACUCGUCGUUCUCUUCUUCAUCUCCAGUUCCUCAUCAGUCCCCGGACGCGAAUAUGCCCAGAGUGCCACAGAUUUGAUCAAGGAUUCGAGUUCAAGAUGGCGUGGCUCGCAAGAAUCUCACGGCGAUGUCAAGCAAUCUCCCUCUGACCAGGGAACCACCCCUAACACUCACGCCGGCCUCCCUCCCGCAACAAACCCCGGUCCUCGCAUGAACGCCACCUUUGUUACUCUUGCUCGCAACUCGGACGUCUGGGAGAUUGCUCGUUCCAUUCGUCAAGUCGAAGACCGCUUCAACAAGAAAUUCAACUACGACUGGGUCUUCCUGAACGACCAGCCUUUCGACGACCAAUUCAAGAAGGUCACUUCGGCCCUCACUUCCGGAAACACAAAGUAUGGCGAAAUCCCCAAGGAGCAUUGGUCUUUCCCCGAGUGGAUUGACCAGGACAAGGCCGCCAAGGUCCGCGCCGACAUGGCCGCCAGAAAAAUCAUCUACGGAGACUCGAUCAGUUACAGACACAUGUGUCGCUACGAGUCCGGCUUCUUCUUCCGCCACCCCUUGAUGCUCGAUUACGAGUGGUACUGGCGUGUUGAGCCCAGCAUUGAGCUCUUCUGCGACAUUGACUACGACACUUUCAAAUUCAUGGCCGACAACAAGAAGAAGUACAGUUUCACUCUUUCUCUGUACGAGUACGUCGAGACUAUCCCCACUCUGUGGGAGAGCACCAAGAAGUGGAUGAAGAAUCACCCUGAGCACAUUGUCGAGGGCAACUCUAUGGGCUUCCUUUCCGAUGACGGCGGCGACACCUACAACCACUGCCACUUCUGGUCCAACUUCGAAAUCGGCAACCUCGACUGGCUCCGCAGCCCCGCUUACCUCGACUACUUUGAGGCUCUCGACAAGGAUGGCGGUUUCUUCUACGAACGCUGGGGAGACGCCCCCGUUCACUCCAUCGCAGCCGGUCUGACCCUGAAAAAGGAGGAGAUUCACUUCUUCAACGACAUUGCCUACUACCACGUUCCCUUCACCCACUGCCCCACUGGCGAACAGUACAGAAUGGACCAUAAGUGCCAUUGCAACCCCAAGGACAACUUUGAUUGGAACGGCUACUCAUGUACCGCACGCUACUACGAGCUCAACGGCAUGGAGAAGCCCGCAGGCUGGGAGCAAGAAGGCAACUGA